AUGGCGUCCAUCUUAUCCCCGGAAUUCACAGCCCGCGUGAAGCAGCUCAUGGACGAGCACCAUGUCCCUGGCCUGGCCAUCGCGGUCGUGCACGGGGACAAAGUCGAGUCGGCCGGGUAUGGGCAGGCGUCGUUGGACCCGCCCAGGUCCUGUAUUUCUGAUAUUCUGUUUGACAUUGCCUCCGCAUCCAAGUCCUUGACCGCGGCCUCGGUCGCUCUGCUGGUGGAGGAUGAUGAGCGGUUUCCCGAGGUGCAGUACACCACCCCCAUGUCGCGUCUGCUGCCCGAAGACUUUGUCAUGUCGGACCAGGGAUACACCGAAGGCGUCACGGUGGAGGAAUAA